AUGUCUGACGAUGAGACACGGCCUGAGGCAGCUGAUGAGGGAGACCAAUCGCCAGCAUACAGAUCUAUCAUCCCAAGGGCGAUACCCAGGUCACAGUUCAUGGAGGGCCAGAAGGUCUACUUCACACCGAGAAGAGGGGCACGAGAAUGCUUGAUGACUGUCGAGAGGGUGCGCAUGACUGCGAAUGGUGCCAUGGAAUACCAGCUACGAGACAAUGCCAACAAGUUGUGGAUGGAGCUUGGCGACCCGUUACAAGUAGCCUGGGUACCAGGAAGUAAAGUGAGAAAGGCGACUUAA